GAUUCAGCUGAUCGGAAACAAAAAUAAACAAACAAAAUGUCUACUGUGACGGGUCAGAAAAUUCAUCCCGUGGAAAGUUUGCGAAAUUAAUGUUAAGAAAUUUCUGGCGAUUUCUUUCGACCGUUGUUUCCGACGAUUUACUGAGAAAAAAAAUGGCUCCGAGAAGGUAUUUUCGCAACGUAAUGCCAGACUACGAAGGUCAUGACGUUGACCAUCAAAUGUCUGCAGACUUUCACAAAAAAUUCGUCGGAAAAAUAAUAAAAGAUAUAGAGAACAAUGUAAAACCCAUUGACCGGAAUGGUAAAGAUGGUCUGUACUUGGGCACCGCUGGAAUCGCGUACAUGUACUACCACCUGAGCAAAAUUCCUCCACUGGGUGAACACAAAAACCAGUUUUUAGCAAAAUCGCUAGAGUACCUUACGCCAGCUUUUAAUGCAGUUAAAUGCAGCUGUCAGAGAGACAUACCUUCAUUCAUCUUAGGAAAUUCCGGUGUUUAUGCUGUUGCCUCUGCCGCUUUUAAAGCAACCGGAGAUAAGGUACAAAGUGAUAAAUUCAGGAAAAUGUUCCACGACGUUGCACCAAUUUGCAAAGAAACGAACUUCUUGAAUUGUGGUUCUGAUGAGUUGUUUGUUGGAAGAGCCGGUUAUGUGUUGGGUGCACUGUGGUUAUCUAAAGAAACAAACACUGAGCUUCCACUACAUGAAAUUUACACGUUAUGCAACGUUAUGGUAGACUCUGGUCGCAAAUAUUCUCAAAGACAUUGUUGUCCAUGCCCCCUAAUGUACUCAUAUUAUCAAGUUGAAUAUUUUGGUGCUGCUCAUGGAUUGUGUACAAUUCUUCAAGCAUUAAUAAGCGUCCCAGGCUACUUACAAGCAAAUCCUACACAAGCUCAAGAGGUUAAAGCAACAGUAGAUUACUUGCUAAGUCUUCAAGAUGAAGAAGGGAAUUUUCCUUGUGCCAGAGACGAAAUUGAUAGUCAUAAUGAGUUAGUUCACUGGUGUCAUGGUGCUGGAGGUAUGAUUUACCUCAUGGCUAAAGCUUAUUUACUGUGGAAUGAAAGUAAAUAUUUGAAGUCUUGUGAAAAAAUGGGUGAUUUAAUUUGGUCCAGAGGAUUAUUGAAAAAAGGUCCUGGUAUUUGCCAUGGUGUAGCUGGAAAUGGUUAUGCAUUCCUGUUGUUGUAUAGAUUGACUGAGCACCCUAAACAUCUCCACAGGGCCCUCAGUUUUGCUAAAUUUAUGCAAACAGACCAGUUUGUCAAUGAAGCAAGAACUCCAGAUUGUCCCUUCAGUUUGUAUGAAGGAGUUGCUGGAACAGCAUGCUUUUUAGCAGAUUUAAUGUGUCCCAAGCAAGCAGUUUUCCCUUUUUCUGAUGUAUUUUAAAAGUGGCUGCAAUUUGGAUGUUCCAUUAAAUCUCUAGUAAACA